AUGCCCGACCCGUUCCAGCAUCAGCCAAACACCGGGGAACAGACGAGUUCCAGUCUGUUGCUCCAGAUCCUGUCUCAACAGCAGCAGCUUAUGGCAAAACUGUCCGACCAGGUAUCAGCGACGCAUCGAGCAAUUUCGGAGUUGAACAGAGACGAAAUAGCUCUUGACUCGCUCUCUAGCAACAUCACGGAAUUCACCUAUGACCCGGAACACGGUAACACCUUCGACGCCUGGUUUUCAAGGUACGAGGACCUUUUCGACAAGGACGCCGGAAAGUUGGACGAUUCAGCGAAGGUCAGACUACUCAUGCGAAAAUUGAACCCGGCCGCACAUGAUCGGUACCAAUGCCUGCAGACCAUCAAGGAAGACGGCGAAGACUUUGUUUCCUACUCCUGCAAGGUAAACAAAGCAUGCGUGGAUGCGAAGAUCAGGGAGAUGACCGACGAACAAUUUAAGUGUUUGAUCUUUGUCAGCGGAUUGAAGUCGCAUAGAGAUUCCGACAUCCGUAUGCGCUUGAUAAACAAGAUCACUGACACCGUGGAUAUUACCCUGCAAAAAGUGGUUGAAGAGUGCAAAAGUUUAGAAAACCUUAAACAGGACAACAGUUUGGUUGAAAAACAACAUUCAGCAACAUCAGUGAACGCAGUUCAACAGCAUAGUUUUUCCAAACCAAACUAUAAACAACCCUCAUCCAAGUCUGCAAACAACCACCCGAAAACCCCCUGCUGGUCAUGCGGGGGAAUGCAUUUCAACCGAGAUUGCCCGUACCGAGAGCAUCAGUGCCGUGAUUACCGGAAGAAAGGGCACAAAGAGGGGUAUUGUACCUGCUUCCUCAAGAAGACCCCCGGGAAGAAGAAGUUUCAACCGAAAAACAAAACAUGUAAAGUUGUUUCGGUGAAAAGUGUGAACCAGCGGAGAAAGUAUGCGGAAGUUCUGAUCAACAACUGUCCAGUCCGGUUGCAGAUAGAUUCGGCGUCCGAUAUUACUAUUAUUUCGGACACAAACUGGCGGCAACUCGGACAACCGCUGGGACAAGCACCGUGCGACGCGAGAACAGCUUCCGGAGAACCACUCGAUCUCGCUCUGGAGUUCUGGGCCGAGGCACAAAUCGGCGGCGUGACAAAAUCAGGUUUGUGUCGUGUUGCUUCUGCUAAUCUUAAUCUGAAUAUUUUAGGCUCAGAUUGGUUAGACCUUUUCGGCUUGUGGGACGUACCAAUAAGUGCUUACUGCAACCAAGUAAACACGACAUCACAAUCAUCAAAGCAUUUUUGGCAAACGAAAUUCCCAAAGGUUUUCACCGAGAGUAUGGGCCUGUGUACCAAGGUUAAGGCUCAACUAACGCUAAAGGGCAACCCGAAACCAGUAUUCCGCCCUAAGCGUCCGGUAUCGUACAGCAUGCAGGCUGCAGUCGAAGACGAACUUCAUCGGCUCGAAAGUCUGGGCAUCCUCCAAGCAGUCGACCAUUCGGACUGGGCGGCACCAAUAGUGGCAGUGCGGAAACCGACAGGCAAAAUCCGUAUAUGUGCUGACUUCUCGACGGGUUUGAACGCCGUUCUCGAACCCAAUCAGUACCCGUUGCCGCGCCCGGAAGACAUCUUCGCUAAAAUGUCCGGAUGCAAGUUCUUCAGCCACAUCGAUUUGUCAGACGCGUAUCUGCAGGUCGAGGUGGACCAGCGGGACCAACAACUGCUCACCAUCAAUACCCAUCUCGGAUUGUUCCGGUAUACCCGGCUGAGUCCCGGAGUUAAAUCGGCUCCCGGUGCGUUCCAGAAAAUAAUCGACACCAUAAUUGCCAACUUGGAACUUUGCUGCGGUUAUCUCGACGAUCUGAUUGUAGGUGGACGAACCGUGGAGGAGCAGAACCGCAACGUGGACCGUAUUUUGGGCAAGCUGGAGGAAUUUGGAUUCACUGUGCGCAUCGAAAAGUGUAAUUUCAAUAUGCGCCAAGUGAAGUAUCUCGGACAGAUCUUAGACGGAGAUGGUAUCCGUCCCGACCCGGACAAAACUGCAGCGAUUGCUUCUAUGCCCGCUCCCCACGAUGUACUCACUCUUCGUUCUUACCUUGGGGCCGUAAACUACUACGCCAAGUAUGUCCCCGAAAUGCGCAAGUUACGGUACCCAAUGGAUCAACUGUUGAAAGCCGGAACGCCGUGGGAAUGGUCCCAUGAAUGUCAACAAGCUUUUAACCGGUUCCGAGAAAUUCUCCAAUCCCCGCUGGCCCUCAUGCACUACAAUCCAGACCUGGAAAUAAUCGUGUCGGCGGAUGCAUCGCAGUACGGUAUAGGAGCCCAAAUCGCACACAAAUUGCCAGAUGGUCAUGUUAAGGCAAUUUGUCACGCUUGUCGCAGUCUCACCCCAGCAGAAUCCAACUAUAGCCAAAUCGAAAAAGAAGGCCUUGCCUUAGUUUUCGCCGUUACCCGUUUCCACCGGAUGAUCUUCGGAAGACGGUUCACCUUGGAAACCGACCACAAACCACUUCUGUCCAUCUUCGGUUCCAAACAAGGCAUUCCUACGUACACGGCGAAUCGGCUGCAACGGUGGGCACUAACCUUACUCUUGCAUGAUUUCAGCAUCACGUACAUCAAUACAGAUAGCUUCGGGUAUGCCGAUAUUCUCUCCAGGCUGAUUAACAAGCACACUCGGCCAAAUGAGGAUUACGUGAUUGCAUCCAUCGAGUUGGAAGAUUCUAUGAAUGAAAUCGUCAAGCAAUCUCUAGAAUUUCUUCCAAUCACAUUCAAGGUAGUGUAG